UGGAUGAAAUGGCCGGAGAGUCGGGGCAGUGAUUGAACUUCACUUUUUGUCCGAGGGAAAAUGGGCUCCGAGGCAGUUUUGGGUUCUCCUUGUGUAUAGAUAUAGCAGGUGUGGGCUUCUCACGGGAGGAGGGGGGAGGAUGAUUUUUUCCCUUCCUUUGCCCUAUGGCGGCCCCUGUCGCCUCUUUGCACCCCCACAGCCCGCGCCAAGUCCUUGCUGCUGUAAUCGAAAGAUUACUUUCGACUUGGAAAGUGUUUCACUCUCCUACGGUGGCCUCUGUCACACAACAGCCUUGCGAGCUUGUCAUGCAGCUUUGAAAAACACAGGUGCCUUGCCAGAGGUGGGACAAAAAGUGACAGACCUCCUGUGAGAAUGCCUGGCACGGUACUUGGCGUCGGGCCAGGAGUAUUCAUCUUAGCGCUGCUGUGGGUACUGACCUUGCUGCUCUGCGUGUUGUUAUCCAGAGCUUCUGGACUUGCUAGGUUUUCUGUGAUUCUAGUUUUCUUUGCUGCUGUAAUCAUCACACUAGCUCUGGUGCUUUUCCCUCGUGCUAGUGAGUUGCCACCACCAGCUACAGAAAUUAAGAUUGUGGACACCUUCUUCAUCGGCCGUUUUGUCCUGCUCUCCAUCUUGAGCGUCGUUUUCCUAGGGUGCCUGUUUGUGUUUCUGAUCCAUCACAUCAUGCAACCUGUGUACGCCAAGCCAAUAAGAGUCCCCUCAUAAGAAGGCAAGCUGCACAUUGCCAGUGCUGCUCUGGCUCGAAGAAAAUACAUCGAUGUAACAAAUGGGAGAAGAUGGAUUUGCUUUAAUGGAUUAUUUUAUUUCCUCCUCUUCAUUAUGUGAAAUCCCAAGCUGUGUAAGAUACAGCAGUUUAUAAAUUUCAGUUUUAAUAAAGACAGUAUUGUUGAGUCCUA